UUCAUCCAUACCACCGACUGUCUCUUGAAUCGAAUGAAUGUCGCACAGCACAGGCUCUCAAAGCUGUCUCCAUUCUCAUUACUCGCAGUAUCUUCUGCUGCUGCUGCUGCUGCUGCUUCAACCUUCUCAGAUUCCAGGAGAAUAGAGAAUGUGGCGGUGAUAAGAAAUCAAGCACGGCGUCGGAGAACUAAGGCCCUGAACUUUACCGUGCCCUCGCCCAUGGCAUCAGACAGGGAUAAUUUUUACCUCUCAGGACCUUCGCACUUGGCUGCAGUCGACUGGUCGAAUUCCGAGCACAGAAGAUCUGUUGCAGCUUGUUUGGUGAAGGGUGUCUAUGUGUUGGAGAAAGACAGGCAGGAAAGGAGAGAUUGGAAUCAAGCUGCCCUUGCUCCUCCUUGGUGGGAGGCUUUUAAUUUUCAACCAUACAAGUUACUCGUCGAUGAUGAAGCUGAUUCCUGCUUGUUCGGUGCCAUUUACCAAUACACGGCCUCACCAUCGAAUGUCAACAAUUCAGCUCAUCAGGCUCCUCGAUAUGUUGUUGCUUUUCGGGGCACAAUCAUCAGUGGAGAUGCAUUCUCGCGGGACAUCGAACUCAACAUCCACUUGAUUAGAAACGGGCUGCACCAGACAUCUCGAUUCGAGAUGGCGAUACAAGCUGUCAGGCAUGUUGUUGCAACCUUUGGUAGCUCCAAUGUCUGGUUGGCUGGUCAUUCCCUUGGAUCUGCCAUGGCAAUGCUCGCGGGGAAGCAUAUAGCGAAGACGGGAGCGUUUCUUGAAUCCUACUUGUUUAACCCGCCAUUCUUCUCGCCUCCCAUCGAGCGAAUCAAGAACAAGAAUGUGAAGCGCGGGAUUCGAAUUGCUGGCAGUGUGAUCACUGCUGGACUUGCUCUUGCUGUAAAGAAAAGUAGCCAAUCUAAUCGGUUAGACGAUUCUUUCGUGUCCUUAUCCGCAUGGACGCCAUGUCUAUUUGUGAACCGGGCAGAUCACAUCUGCUCGGAGUACAUUGGCUACUUUGAACACCGGAAACGGAUGGAGGACAUCGGAGCAGGAGGGAUUGAAAGACUGGCGACACAACACUCGAUCGGCGCACUUUUAUUGAACGCAGUGGGGCAGCCGGUUGAAGAGCCACUGCAUCUUAUUCCAUCGGCUAACCUGACGGUGAACCGUGGCCGAGCACGAUGCUUCAAAGAUGCUCAUAGCAUCAAUCAAUGGUGGAGACCUGAUCUGCACUUGGAUUCCAAGAUUUACACAUAUAGAUGAUGAAGCUUGGAAAUGUUGUCAUGUCCCUGAUACACAAAAAUAUGGUUUUCGAAACCCGAAAGUGAAUUCGAUAUGGUGCAGAGUUAUAAGAAGUUACCUCAAGUGAGGAAUCGUCAUGUUCCUCAACACAGAUGGUUUCCGAGCAGCCAAAUCCUUCCACUCUUCGAUGUCGAUCUUCCCGUCCUUUCCUAAAUCCG